AUCUCCACGUCACGAGAAGUGAGACCUGCCAAUAUCAUGGCUGUCGCAGUAAAGAGUGCUGUCUUGGAUGCCCUCUCUUUCAAUACAAUCAAGACCUUCGAAGAACAGGAAAAGGAGGUGGACAAGGCGACCUUGACAGCUAUCGCGGAUAUCUUUGUCAGGCACAGCAUGCAUAUGAAGCUAGGAGUCGGGCUUCUCCAUCGCCACGACACACUCCAAGACGGAACUGUGAUGUUUCACAAGGUCCGGUCCCCCGAGUCUGAUAUCUGCAUCCCAAAGACUAUUUCGAGCGUCGACAUGGACAAGAUUGCGCCGAACUCGUGGUUCCUCAACUGA